GACUCACCAAUCCUCGUUUCCAAACAGCAUGACAAAAUAGAAGGUUCUGCGAACUCAACUCACGUUGUACUCGAAAUCCCGGCAUCCCGCCAAGUCGUCAUCCUCGAUCAUAACGAAAUCAAAAAAAUUGUGGACCAAUUGCGAUACCGAUUCUUUUCCUUUUAUUUUCGAUUGAACAAAUGAGAAUUCUGAAUCUGAUCACAACACUUGCAACAAUGACGGCGAUGGAUUUCAAUUAACGAAUUUUUUUGCAGCUUUUGAAUACUCCGGGUUUAUUAGGGUUUUGAUUUUUCCAUUCCAAAACAAGAAAGGGAUGAAUUUGGGGGAUUUAAAUAAAGUAUGGGAAAUCAAAGCCCUGAAGAAACCAGGAGAAGAAGAAGCGAGGAAGAUGCUCGAGAAAAUAGCCAAACAGGUUCAACCCAUUAUGCGUAAUCGCAAAUGGCGUGUCAAGCUCCUCUCGGAAUUUUGUCCAAACAACCCAGCUCUUCUGGGGUUGAACGUGGGAGGUGGAGCGCAUGUGAAACUCAGGCUUCGUAGACCAAACAGAGAUUGGGAUUUCAUUCCAUUUGAUCAGGUUCUUGAUACGAUGCUUCAUGAACUAUGCCAUAAUGUUCACGGUCCUCACAACGCCAAUUUCUACAAGCUUUGGGAUGAGUUGAGAAAGGAAUGUGAGGAGCUGCUUUCCAAGGGAAUAACUGGGACAGGGGAGGGGUUUGAUCUGCCAGGGAGGCGUUUGGGUGGGUUUUCCCGCCAACCUUCUCUUUCAUCUCUCCGUAAAACUGCCUUAGAAGCUGCAGAAAAGAGGGCAAAAUUGGGUUCUAUGGUACCAUCUGGACCUAAACGGCUUGGUGGUGAUAGCACCAUUAUGGUUGCACUCAGUCCAAUACAAGCUGCAGCAAUGGCUGCAGAAAGGAGAUUGCAGGAUGAGAUUUGGUGUGGUUCCCAGUCUGCUGAGGUUUUUGAGGAAGGAGAAAGUAGCACUGAUAUCACAGAAGACCUCUCAAAUAUAGGGCAAAUUCCAGGAAGCUCAAGGCCAGAAAAUGGUUCCAUACCUAAUCAGGACAUGGUACAUAAUCCAGAGGAACAUGAUAUGUGGGAGUGUGGGGCAUGCACAUUAUUGAAUCCGUCAUUAGCUCCAAUCUGCAAGCUUUGUAGCGCAGAAAGACCCAAAGAUGCAAGCACCAAGUAUAAAACGUGGUCCUGCAAAUUCUGUACCUUGGAUAACAGUGUGGAGUUGGACAAAUGCUUAGCUUGCAAUCAAUGGAGAUAUUCAUAUGGUCCGCCAGUAUCAACUCGCACACCCUAUCAUGGCACUUGAGAGGUGCAAUCAAGAUGGUAUGCGAACUUAGCUGUCCAAAAGAAUUGAACAUUCUUGUUGAAUUGACUUUGAAAUCUUUGGCAUUGCAGUACUAGAUCUGUGUGUGUUUGACAACAACAUUGGCUUUAUUUCUUAAAAUGGGCAUAGUAUGUCUUGUUCGCUCUCCAUAUUUCUUAAUUACUCAAGAGGUGUUAAAUACAAUAACUUUCUCCCUUA